CUCGCUGUACGAUGUGUCCCGCCGAAUACUAUGCUUAAUAAAACAAGGUUUUUUCCAAGUGUUGUUUGUAACUUUAAUAUUAAGAGAUAGAUAUUAGAUAUAUCCGGCACUCGCCCACACAGGUCAUCAGAUGGAUGUACCGAAAUGGUAAUUUUAAUUACAAGGUAAUAACAGUAUUUACUCCCGUGUGAAAUUCCUCGAUAAUAAUCGGUACAUUAAUUGUUCUUUUAAAUUUUCAUAGUGUAUAUAUAUGAGGUGAUCGCUGUUUGAUAAAAAGUAAUUAUGUCGAUGUGUACGGCUAAGUGUUUUUCGUUUUUCGUUGAAACACGUCAAGUAUUUCAGUUUUCAUCGAAUUCGAAUGAAACAAACGUGUCGGAAAAUUACGAAGAAGUGGGAUAGAUUCAUAAGGAAAAGGAUUGGUUGCAUUGCCGCCAAGCGGGGAUCUGUGUUUUAUAGUAUUGGAAAUUACAGCCAUGAAGAGCGCGGAAGUGUCACAGAAUGAAGACAAAGGACCCACAACGAGUCCAGGUCGUCUUGGUGUCAGACACCUGCAAAUUCUUCUACUUUUCUUCGGAGUUUGCUUUGGAUAUACUCUUCGAGUGAGCAUGUCGGAAGCCAUCGUCGCGAUGAGCAGCACCAAGCAUCAAAGCCUUGACGUCGAGAUCUACAAUUGGACUUCGCCAGAGAGGAACUUGAUAUUGAGCUCUUUCUUCUGGGGCUACACGGUGAUGCAAAUACCGAGUGGUUACAUAGCAGGAGUUUGGAGUGCUCAAAAAUUACUCAGUAUCGGAAUGUUACUUUGCGGAAUUUUUAACGUAUUGAUACCAACGGUUGCCUCAUUAGGCUAUUUCGCUGUCUGCAUUUGCAGAGUGGGCAUGGGCCUCUGUCAGAGUUGCCUUUUACCAUGCACGCAUACCCUUCUCUCCAAAUGGGCGCCCCCAUCUGAACGAGCCCGACUAGGGACGUUCGCUUAUGCCGGGGCACAAUUCGGUACCGUUGUUUGCUUCCCAAUUUCUGGAUUUGUCGCUUCACUCGUCGGGUGGCCGUCAAUCUUUUACCUAUUCGGCGGAUGUGCCCUACUUUGGAGCAUUAUAUUUUUCUUUUUCGGUGCGGACAGUCCUUCUCAGAGUACAAGAAUAUCGGAGAAAGAGAGACGGUAUAUAGAGAACAGUUUGAAAAGUGACACGGAUGAAAAGUCAUCAAACGAGCCGAAAGCGAAAACGCCAUGGAAAGCUAUUUUCACCUCGGUUCCUAUGUGGGCACUUAUAAUCGCGCACUGCGGACAAAACUGGGGAUACUGGACUCUUAUUACGGAGCUACCCACGUACAUGGACAAAGUGUUAGAAUACAAUCUAGAACAGAACGGUAUGAUGGCAGCUCUCCCUUAUUUGGCAAUGUGGAUUCUAAGUUUCCCGAUGUGCUGGGCCGCGGAUUACGCUCUGGAUAAGGGUGUCUCAAGAGGCGUGACCAGAAAAGUUUGCAACAGUAUCGCUCACUGGGGACCAGCGGUAGCUUUGAUCUGUCUCGCCGCGAUGCAGGUGCACGACUCCGCCACGGCCGUGGCGAUCCUCGUCGUAGCCGUAGGGCUGAACGCCGGCUCUCUGUGCGGAUUUCAAAUCAAUCACAUCGAUUUAAGUCCGAACUUCGCCGGCACGAUGAUGUCCAUUACGAACUGCAUCGCGUCCGUAGUCGCGAUCAUUGCACCGUUGGUCUGUAGCGCAAUCGUAACUACAGAGAAGGAGACGGAUCCGACGUAUUGGAACAUAGUGUUCUACGUGUCCGCGGCAAUAUAUUUCCUAGGAAAUUUAAUUUUUAUCAUCUUCGGUCAGGCGGAAGUUCAAUCAUGGAACAGCCCUACGAGUGAAAAGGAAAUCAGGAUGGCGUGAACACUGAGGAACGUUCAGUUUUCUUUAAAGUACAACACCUUACUUCCUAGAUCGCUCCAGAGAAUGAAUAAUCAAAGAAUGAAAAAUGCGCUGCAAUUUUUUCAUUUACGAAAUUCAAUGAAUUUCCACACGUUGCCGCGUGACAAAUGGCAGUUAUAAAAUUAACGUAAAAAGACUGCACGGGUUUCCAGGCUUAUAAAGUACAACGUUGUUUCUGCUUAUUCUAGUCUGAACUCGGAACUUUUGUCAAGUUGUGAGACCCGUACGUUUCCAGGUCUGAGAUUUAGGAAAGAAUAUGUAGAUUUUAAGUCUUGUCCUACGUGAAUAAGGUUCCUAUGUGAUUGAAGAGAAUAACGUGUCAGGUUAACCUGGGAUAAUUUUUCGAGUGUUGUAAACAUUUUUAUUUAAUUGUACGCUUGACUCUGCUAAUGUGACAUUUUUAUUUCAAUUUAGUAUAAGGAUAGCAUGCUUAGAUAGAACAGGGAGGUCCUAUAAUGAAAACGAACACUUUUUCUGUAUUUUCCUUUGCGUAGUCAUGAGAUUAGACAUAUUUUUACGCAAGAAAACGCGACGUUGUCAAGCUAUAGAAAUAUUUACCUGGUCUUUAUCAGAAACGAUUAAUAGAGAGUUUAAUCUGUGUGUCGUAAUACAUUAUGUCGAUACUGUCCUCUAUAGACACAUCGAAGAGUCUUAAAUUACAGUAGCGACAGGAUCCUUACGUAAGGAUAAUGAAUUUUAAUGUAUUACACGCAUACUUCGUACUUCCGUGAUUUGUUUACUGCCUUUAUAGUACAUGUCUAACAUUUAUUAUAGUUUCUAAUCGAUUAGUAUGCGCGGCGGCUAUGACUUUUCGUUUUUUAAACGCGUGCGGUUCUCUUUUUGUCGUGUGACAGACGAAAAUAAAAUUUUCGAAUUAGAAAAGCUCAACGAAACGUGUAUAAUUGUCGUCUGAAAAAGUUUAGACGCAAUUAAACAAAAUAUUUGGCAUACAUAUCCUAUCUAUAUUUAUGUAUACCUGAGUUUCCGAGAGUUUAGGAGCGGGCACAGUUCAGUUUUUGAUCGUUCUGCCCAUCUCAAUGCUUUACCGACUUUACUGUGUAUACUGAACCGUGUGGAGGAGGUUCGCUGCGAUCCCCACUACCUUCCAAGCUGCGCGAAACGCUCCUAGACUUUCGGGAACUUAGGUAUACAUAAGUGUGACUUGAGUUCCCAAGCGUUUGCAAUGUUGUAUAUAAGAUUCUGUAAUGUUUAUGUGCAACAAAAAAUUGUAAGGUACAAAAACAGAUAUUUUACUUAUUAAAUGCGAACUUACUAUAAAUGAUCAGAAGCAGUUACACUUUUUAUACUCUGUGUAAAAUAAAUAAAAAAUGAAACAAUAAGAAACAA